AUGGCUGGUAUCUACCAUUGCAGAGAAACAGCAGGAGUUUUAUUUAAGGCAGACAAAAGGAAAAGAAAAACACCCUUAGUACGAAUCACAGAAGGAGUCUCACUUCCACGCCUGACAGAAGUCAGCACGACCAAAUCCUGGGUUAUCCAUACUUCUGCAAGUGCCAGCUUUUCCCAGGGUAAUAGUGCUCUGGGGGCUGAGUGGUCAGGAACGUGGAGCACCUCUGCCAGCCAACUACAGCCUGCUAUCAGGACCGGAAACUCCUACAUCUGGGGGCUGCUCCAGACAUUCUGCUCCCUCUCACUGACAGUCUCCUCACCGCUCCCCACAUCUUUUCCCUCUGCAGGGGCUUCUCCAGCAAAGGGGGCUCGAGACCCACGAGAGUCCGGGAUGAGGAGGAGGGCCCUGACGCCCCGGCUUCCGAGCACGGGCCUGCCACCCUGCGGGAGAGCCUUCCGGCCGCCGCAGCACUCGGCCCAACUGCACCGCCGUCCCGCCCGGGGUCCCCGGGGGACGCCAGGGGCGCGGGGAGCCCCGCAGUGCUGGGGGCAGGGCGCGGCCGUCCUGGGACCCGCCGGCCGAGGCCUAACCGGCGCUCCCCACCCCCCGUCCCGGCCCGCGCAGGCCGCGCCGCUCGCCCCGCUCCGGUCCCCCGCCCGGCCGCCCGCCGUCUUCGUCCGAGGGCACCCCGGGCCCUCAGGCCCCCAGCCCCAGCCGCCCCGGCGCCGUCCCCUCUCACCCUUUCAUUCUCUGUCCGGGGCCUGGCGCGGGCCGGCUAAUCCCCGGCCUCACGUAAGCGCGCUCGCCGCCCGCCCUGCCUGCGCGGCCCUGCCCGCCUCCCUACGGGAGCCCGGGGAUGUGGGCCGGGCCUGGGGCCGCCUCUGCUUACCUUUCAGCUGCUUUUUUUUUUUCUCCUUCCCCCCUUUUCCCUCGGCUGGGCUGACAGAUCAGAGUGAGAGGCGCUGGCGACGGACUAGGAAUCUCGGCUGCCGCCGCUACUGCUCCCCCUGGGCUCCGGAGAGAGCCUUUCCCUGUCCAGCAAGAGGGCCAAGAAGGCAGGGCUGCCGGGGCUGCACAAGAAGAGGCGGCAGCCUCCUACAGCACCACUACAGGCACUGCGAGGACAUAACACCAGAGAGCCGCUCCUCUGCCCUCCGAAACGACAACUUUCCUACCAUCUUGGAGGCAGAGGAAAGGGGGGCCGGGGGGAAAAGUGCACCCGCUCCCGAUAAAGUACAAAUUUCUGCUUCUCAUCUCUGGGAAAAAGUCCACACCGGCUCCUGGGGGAAAACGCAGGGAAGAAACUGGGGGUCCUUAAGAAACGUUUUCAUUUGCACCAGGGGGAAAAUGUUUCUGCAUCUUCUGAUGGGAAGAAAUCUUUACGAGACACAGGUUUUCCGUGAAAGGAAUCAAAAUUGCUACGUAACUCAGCCAAUGGACAAGAACACAAAUAAAAAUCGAAGGUGUGGACGGUUGCUAAUGCAACAGCAGCCCAACAGUGAUGCAGGUCUGUGUUAAUUUGGGGGAGAAUGCUCUGUCUUAGCCUAAGUCACCUGACAUAGGUCCUCUCUCCCGGCCUCCGCUCCAGAAGGGGAAUGUCCUGCAUUUCCCUUGCAGAGGGAAGGUCAUCCACAAGCCUGCAUUCAGGCCAGCGCUCCCCGGAGCUUCCUGAACCUUCUCCUCCUUCCUGCUCCAUCAGACCAAAGACCAAGGAUAACAG